UAUCCUUUAAAGAAAGGAAUGUAACCUUCUUACCAGACGGAUGAUAUGGUGAAGCCAAGCGCAUUCUGUUCCAAAUUCCAGUAUCAAAAAAUAACCGGGCACAGUGUUGAAAGUUGCAAGGUUUCCUCCCUUCCCUGCUCUGCAUUUCAAGAAGACUUCCCUAAGAAUGGAUUUGAUGGGACAGAAGGAUGAGUAUCUUUUUCCAAUCUAUUUGGAAUAUUCAUGCUGCCGUGUUCCAUGCUGUCAUAGUAAUGAAGGUCGUGUGGCUCUAGGAAUACUGUUAGCGAGGAAGCUCAGCUCAAGCAGGAUCUUUAAUGGUUCAACCUCUUCCCCUCCCCUAUCCACCUGCUCAUUACAAACAACGGUUUGAAAUAGAUGCUUUAAGAAAUAGCAAGGCCUGAAACUGGCUUCUGUUGGGGUCAGUAGCUAUUCAGCUAGAUGGGUGUGUGGAAUGGACUCGAGGCUCCUUUUCCUUGUACAGAUUUGCACCAGAAGAGAACUUAGCCCAGAAUCUGGAUCCUUGUUCAUAAUUAUAGAAGAAAGUUGAUUCCUUGUCUCUUCUGGCCUUGCGCUGCUGCUGAAGACAAUCAUGACAUCAUAUAAAAACCUACAGAGACCUGAGGAUGAGGCUGUUGUUGAUCUGGGAGGUACCAGCAAUGUUGUCAACAUUCAUUAUGAACCAGAAGAGCUGGAAGGGCACAGGACUCUAUAUGUUGGGGUACGGAUGCCUUUGGUGAGGCAGAGCCACAGGCAUCACAGGCAUGGACAGAAGCACAGGAAACGAGACCGGGUGAGGGAAAUUAUUCCAGAAGACCAAGAGUCUCAUGAUACCCCAUCUCAGCGAGUUCAGUUUAUUCUGGGCAUGGAAGAGGAUGAGGAGCAUGUCCCCCACGACUUGUUCACAGAGAUGGAUGAAAUCUGUGUGAAAGACAGUGAAGAUUCAGAGUGGAAGGAAACCGCAAGGUGGGUGAAGUUUGAAGAAGAUGUGGAAGAUGGAGGAGAGCGUUGGAGUAAACCCUACGUUGCCACCCUCUCAUUGCACAGUCUCUUUGAGUUGAGGAGUUGCAUCAUCAAUGGGAUUGUCCUUCUGGAUAUGAGUGCAAAUACCACAGAAGAUAUUGCAGACAUGGUUCUGGAUAAGCAUGAACCUUCUGGGGACCUUGAUGAAAUCACCCGUAAAAAAGUCUGGGAAACCCUCCUGAAGAAGCAUCAUCAUCAGAACGAAAAGAAAAAAACCCUCCUCCCGAUUGUCCGCUCUUUUGCUGAUGUUGGCCAGAAAAAAUCUGACGCUCACUCAAUAGAUAAAACAGGAAUGCAAAGUCCUCCAAGCUCCUUAGAAGUGAAAAAUGGAUUAAACCAUGAUACUACCCCAACAGACCUAACCAAGGCAGAGCUUCAUUUUAUGAAAAAGAUUCCCAUUGGAGCAGAAGCCUCAAAUGUUCUAGUGGGAGAGGUGGAUUUUCUUACUCGGCCCAUUGUUGCCUUUGUGCGCUUAUCACCAGCUGUUCUUCUCACAGGCAUGACUGAAGUCCCAAUCCCUACCAGGUUCUUGUUUAUCUUGCUGGGUCCAAUAGGGAAAGGGCAUCAGUAUCACGAAAUUGGAAGGUCAAUGGCUACCCUCAUGACUGACGAGAUUUUCCACGAUGUUGCUUACAAAGCCAAGGACCGUAGUGAUCUUUUAGCUGGGAUUGAUGAAUUCCUAGAUCAGGUGACAGUGCUACCUCCUGGAGAAUGGGAUCCAUCUAUUAGGAUUGAGCCACCAAAAAAUCUCCCUUCCCAGGAUAAGAGAAAGAUGCCUGGAACACCAGGAAUCGCUAAUGGAAAUAUUAACCAAGAUGAGCCAGAAGAUGAUCACAGUGGGCCAGAACUCCAGCGAACGGGAAGGCUCUUUGGUGGCUUGAUCUUGGAUGUGAAACGGAAAGCUCCUUGGUAUUGGAGCGACUAUAAAGAUGCAAUAAGUUUGCAGUGUUUAGCUUCCUUCCUCUUCCUAUACUGCGCCUGCAUGUCUCCUGUUAUCACCUUUGGGGGGUUGCUUGGAGAAGCAACAGAGGGAGAAAUAAGUGCAAUGGAGUCCUUGUUUGGAGCCUCAAUGACUGGAGUGGUAUAUUCCCUCUUUGCUGGCCAGCCUCUCACCAUCUUGGGAAGUACUGGGCCAGUAUUGGUUUUCGAGAAAAUUUUGUUCAAGUUCUGCAAAGACUAUGGCCUUUCUUAUCUUUCCCUACGAACCUGCAUUGGCCUGUGGACUACUGUCAUGUGCAUCCUUCUUGUAGCGACUGAUGCCAGUUCUCUUGUCUGCUACAUAACUCGUUUUACAGAAGAAGCUUUUGCCUCUUUGAUCUGCAUCAUUUUCAUCUAUGAGUCUCUAGAGAAACUGAUUCAGUUGGGGACAACCUACUCAGUUCAUAUGCACAGCGAUCUUGAUCAACUGAGUUUGUAUUACUGCAGAUGUUCAGCCCCAGCGAAUAUCAGCGAUGAGACCCUGAACUACUGGAAUGACAACAACAUAAUUCCUUCUGCAGUCGCGUGGGCCAAUCUCACAGUCUCUCAAUGUCGGAAGAUGCAUGGAGAAUUCACAGGACCUUCAUGUGGAAUUGAUGGCCCUUUUACCCCUGAUGUUCUUUUCUGGUGCUGCAUCUUAUUUUUUACCACCGUUAUCCUGACGAGUCUGCUGAAGAUAUUUAAAACCAGUAGCUAUUUUCCAACAAAAGUUCGUUCUACAGUAGGCGACUUUGCUAUUUUCAUUACCAUCGUUAUCAUGGUGUUAGUUGACUACUUAAUUGGAAUCCCAUCGCCAAAGCUAAAAGUCCCCAGUGUCUUCAAGCCAACAAGAGAUGACCGUGGGUGGCUCAUUAGUCCAAUUGGCCCCAAUCCUGGGUGGACAGUGGUAGCAGCUAUCAUCCCAGCUUUGCUCUGUACCAUACUGAUAUUUAUGGACCAGCAAAUCACAGCUGUUAUUGUGAACAGGAAGGAACAUAAACUUAAGAAAGGGUGCGGCUAUCACUUGGACCUUCUCAUGGUCGGCAUCAUGCUUGGUGUGUGUUCAGUGAUGGGGUUGCCUUGGUUUGUUGCUGCCACCGUCCUUUCCAUCAGUCAUGUGAACAGUCUCAAAUUGGAGUCAACAAUGGCAGCUCCCGGAGAGCAACCUAAAUUCCUGGGCAUACGUGAGCAAAGAGCUACGGGAUUGAUGAUCUUUGUACUAAUGGGCCUCUCGGUUUUUAUCACUGGUGUGUUAAAGUUUAUACCUAUGGCUGUCCUCUAUGGAGUGUUUCUGUACAUGGGUGUUUCUUCCCUGGGAGGAAUUCAGUUCUUUGAUCGUCUGAAGCUAUUUGGAAUGCCAACCAAACACCAGCCAGACUUCAUCUACCUUCGGCAUGUUCCCUUGCGAAAAGUGCACCUCUUCACUGUCAUCCAGCUGACGUGCCUUGUCCUUCUGUGGGUCAUUAAGGCAUCUCGCGCCGCUAUUGUCUUUCCUAUGAUGGUUUUGGCAUUGGUCUUUGUACGUAAAGUCAUGGAUUUCUGCUUUUCAAAGCGGGAGCUCAGUUGGCUUGAUGACCUCAUGCCAGAGAGCAAGAAGAAAAAACUGGAUGAUGAACAAAAGGUGGCAGAUCAAGCAGAGGAGUCUGAGAGCAUGAGAGAAGAUACUGUAAUUCAAAUACCUGUGGUGAACCCAUGCUAUCUUAGUGUACCAGGAAUUGAAAUUCCACCACAGACUACUUCACCAAAAAAUAACAGACCUGAUCCUGCAGACAUUAACAUCUCCGAAGAAAUGUCUAAAACAACUAUGUGGAAGACCCUCACCAUGAAUACAGAAAAACUCUAAAUCCAAAGAGUAGAGCUUUGCCAUUCAGGCCCCUCUGCUUUGGAUGAGGAGCAGCAGCACAUGAAGAUGACUCAGGGAAGAGCCAAGACAUGCAGGCAAGGGAGAAAAUACUUUUGCAAUGGAAAAGGGCACAAGCAAACAAACUGCCCCAGUACUUCCUUCACACAAGUAACUGGGUUCAUAUUAAAAGCCAUUUAGAAGUGUUUUGACUAUCCUUUUGUGUGCUUCAGUGGGCAUUCUAAUUAUGUUCAGACCAGCAAAUCAAUGAACGCACACGCAAUCAAUGAACAUUAAGUGUUAAAGCCUCCGUGUGUGUGUGCGUGUGUGUGAAUUUGCUAUGUUGCAGUUUCUUAGUUGUAGAGGGACUGCUGUCUCUGCAUCCUUAAGUCCUGUCCUCCCCUCCCAAUGUCUGUUUUUUAACCAUUUAAACUUUGAGUGUACAACACCACCCUCACAACUAUUUUGGGUUCCUUUUUUUUAAAUUCAUAUUUACUUGUUCUUUGCAAUUCAUAUUUACUUGUUCUUUGAAAGGCUAGUAGUUCAAUUAGGUUUGCCUUUUACCCUGAAUCAUCUUAAAGAGUGAUCACAGAAGCAACUGAUGAGAGAUAAUAUAAAUGCUUACAAGAAGGUGGGGGAAAUGUCCCUGUAAAAUGCUUGUUUCUAUUUUUUUUAAAAAAAAAUAAGUUAUUUAAAUUUAGCUCAUUUGGUCAUUUUUAAAAUUUUGAUUUAUUUAUUUUACAGCUGGUUUAUAAUGAAACUUUAAUUCAUUAGAAUAUUUCAACGUUUCAGUCACAAUACAUACAUGUGCCAAACAUCUUUGUGUUGCUUUGUGUGUGUGUGUGUGAGUGCGUGUGUUUGCGGUCUAGGUAAAUCCAACCAAGCCAUUGACUGUAGCAAUGUAAACAAGCUAGCACAGGAGAGAGAGAGGGAGAAAGGUGAUUGCCUCAACCGCUAUUAAUGCCACAAUUGUCACAAUCUUGACAGAUUUCUGCAGCCAAUGAAUUAUGGGGUGAAAGUGGGUUGAUAUGGGGAAAGUCCAGAAAUGUUGAGCUUAAAGGUAAGAACAAGGGCAAGUAGCAAAAGCUGCCCUGGUGAAGUUACUCUGAGGGAAGUAGCUUGGGCCAGGAGUCUCAGUGCCUCAGUGCACAGAAACCUUGUUAAUAAUAUUCGUCUGUCCCCUCAAAAUUAAUAAAAUUAAAGCAAAUUGAUCU